UCAACGGCCAGCUAACGUGGGUUAAUUCCAGCUAGCUAGCUAGCCUGCGGCAGGCAGAUCUCUCAUUCAAGCUAGUCCAUGCCAUGCCUUUCCACAGCUUUCUUGAACUUCUCUUGCGCCUCUCCUUAAUUACUCCCCACUCUCUCUGUCUCUCCCUUUCUCUCCGUUGGUAGAGAGAGACAUGAAUGGGGAGAGAGAACAGGAGCAGGAGCAGCAAGAAGAGGGUCAAGAAAGCUGUGGGAAGAAAUGGCAUAUCCAGGACUUUCAAUUGCAACUAAUUUCCAAUUGCUGGGAGCGGGAGAUUUCAUGUUAAUCUCCACGUAAGUGUAAGUUGAUUCGUAUCAGAUCACUGGAACUAAUUAGCUCUUUCCCGCAAAAAAGGAAUUAAUUAACUCUAGAUCAUCCGUGCAUUUUGAUCUUCCUAUAGUUCCCAUACAUCUUAAUUUGCUUCAUUUCUGACUCCUUGGCUUCUUGAUUUCGUGGUUGGAUUGGAUGAUGGUUCCUCUUUUUCUUUUUGCCUCUCUCACUUUAAUUUCAUUUUUAGAUUGGCGUUCUUUUUGGCUCCUCAAAUAUAGCUAGCUGGUUCAGUUGUACUAUGUGAAAGUGGUGAAGUUCGUGGAGAUCUCACACAUAUUUGCGAAAAUAUUAUUCGGAACCUCUCUAUGUCAUAUGAACCCAUUUUGGAAAUUCAGGAUAAAAUAACUGUACUAUAAAGUUAAAAAAUUAUAUAAGUUGGUACGGUGCAAACUUAUCCUUGUGAAUUAUAUAUACAAAAAUGAUCAUUUUCAAGCAGCGUGAAUUUGCAAAUCAAGCUAUUAAACAAACUAGCUAAUUGCCCGUGCAUUGCAAUGAGACAUACAUAAUCUAGUGGUUCAACACCAAUCGUGUCCAACAUAAGUCUUACACUGACGACAUUCUAUAUUUACGUAAGAUUUGAUUUGAUUUGAGUAUCGAUAGGGGAAGGCAAGGACAUUUUUUAUUUAGCUGACGUUUCAGUAAGAUUUAAUUUGAUUUGGUUGAGUUAAUGUAGGACAUGGGGGAGGGGAAUCCUAGGAUAGGGGCAGUUGGAUGUAUGAACGACAUUCCUCAGCUCUCUUUUAAUAGUAGAGAUUGCUAUGCAGACAUAUAUUCUUCUAGUUAUUUUUGCUUUGAGCAUAAAUAAUGAUAAUUUCUAUGUAAACUCGUAAGGAUGGGUUUGUACCAAUUACCUACAUAUAUAUAAAAAAUUGUAUUAUUUUCUAAAAGCUUAUAGGAUUCCCUUUUUGUUAAAUACGAAAAGUAUGUUCAUACAAACUCAAGUUCAAAAAUUAUUUCUUUCUUUAGCUUUUACUACUAGUAAAUAUGUACGUGCAACACACGUUGAUAUUAGGCAGAUAUUAAUUGCACACAAAUAUUAGGUAGGAUAUUAUUUAAGUAUUAGUUAUGUGAUUAGUGCUAAAUUUAUAUUUAGUAUGUAAUUAAUUACACGCUAAACAUGUUGAGCGCUGACCAUUGGAGCAAUCUAGGUCAUUGGAUUGACCUGAUUUAAUGGUCGAGAUUGGUUGGAUUUGCUUCUUUGAGUCUUUUUAUAUUGGUAUAUAGAUAUAUGUUUCCAUAUUAAUAAAAAAAUCUCGAAUACGCACGAGUGUGUGUACUAUAUACUCCCUCCGUUUUUAUUUACUUUGCAUAUUAGCUUUGGUCAAAGUCAAGCUUUAUAAACUUUGACAAAAUUUAUACACAAAGAUAUUAACAUGUACAAUUACAAAUCAAUACCAUUAGAUUCAUUAUUGAACGUACUUUCGCAUCAUAUAAAAUUGUUAUCGUAAAUAUUUAUAUUCUUUCUUAUAAACUUGGUCAAACUUUAUGAAGUUUGACUUCAGUCAACUCUAAUAUGCAGAGUAAAUAAAAACGGAGGGAGUAUUAAAGAAGGAGUGGGUGUGAAGAGUGACACUUGAAGGAGCCGGGCCAUGUGUAUAUAUUGGUUGUGUGCCAUAAAAUAUAUACACUAUUGGAUGUGUGCCAUGUGCAAUGAAAAAUGAACGGAUAUGAUGGCUUGGUACAGUAUACACAUGACAAAAUUGAAGAAAAAUGGGCCACCGUUGUCUUGGAUCCUAGAUAAGAUUGUUAUACUUGGGUCAGUUUCACUUCAGAAAUCCAAAAAAUGUACAACCGGUGCAGAAAAUAAUGAGAAUUGUAUGAGCAAAAAUAAUAAAAGAAUCUUCACUGCCGACAUUCUGAAAAGUUCUUAUGGCAAUCGGACAAAUUGCGAUGACUGCUAAAAUUGCUCUAAUGUCACCAAUGCAUCAUGAGAUAUAAUGCAUACUCCCUUCAUUCCACAAUGUAGCGCGUAUAGGUAUUUUCAGAAAUCAAACUUUUACCAAGUUUGUAAAAGCAAUAUAUACAUCUAGAGUACAUAUCAUUAGAUACAUCAUAAGACAUAUUUUGAUAUUAUAUAAAUUUGGUAUUGUAAAUAUAAAUUGUUUUGUCUGUUGAUUAAAGUUUGUAAAGUUGGACUUUUCAGAAUAUUUAUAUGCACUACAUUAUGAGACGGAGGAAAUAUAUUAUAUUUUACUCCGCAGGAUGCUUAGUAAUCCGAUACAGUAGUGGCCACAAUGAGAAAUGCACGGAUACGAUGGCUUGGUACGGUACACACAAGACAAAAAUUGAAGAAACCGUUGCCUUGCGUCCAAGAUAAGAUAUGGGGUAAAUUUCAGUUCAGAAGCCCAAAAGAUGGACAAACUGGCGUAUAAAUGAACGAGAACUGUAUGAGCAAAAAUUAAUAAUAAUAGAAAUGUUUGCCUGCCGACAUUCUACAAGGCUGGAUCGACGCAGCAGGGGAUGUUCCACAACCUGUCAAGGUUAACUUUCGCUUUACCCCACUGACAGCCAGCCAGCCACACAUGCCCAGCCAGUGACACAAGGCAGCUUUCCCCUCUGCUCACUCCACCUCCUCCUCCAUCUCUUUCCUCGGCCCGUUCACCCAUAGCAGCGCAGAGGGAGCGCUGUGCCCCCAUCCAUCUCCAUCACAGCGACAACACUCCGGCGAGGACCAAGGGGAGGAAGGGGGCACUGACGCCUUGGACCCGUAGCUGCCGCCGGCCCACAUUCAUGUGGUGGCAGUCGGUGGCCCCUGCUGCUGCGUGUGUCAGGUAGGUAGGCUGCUUGGUCGGUGUCAGUCAGCAUUACUGUUACCCCUUCCUCAGUGGAGUAGAUCUCUCUCGUGUCAGACUCACCGCCUGCCCAGGAAUGAUGAGUGGUUUUCACCGCAAGGCAGGCCAUGGCCGUGUCAGCAAGCAAGGGAUCGGGAUCAGUCCAGUAAAAAUUCUCUCUGAGAGUGGGUAGGUCUCUAACCUGGCUGCAAUGGAAUGGAAUGGAAGGAAGUCCAGCUAGGAUAUGGUGACACAAGAAGCCCAGCUUUUGGCUAUUUUGUACUUGCCGUCAGCACCUUCUUAAUGGAAACUUAGCAGCCCUCGUGCUGACUUUCGAAGGGGAAAAUGCCAUGCUGGCUUCAACCGUGCGAUCUACUAGGCGCAGCUGCAUAAGUUGGACAGGCAUCAAUCGAGCUGCACAGACAGCUAGACGUGGGCCGUGCUAGGCAAAAUUUCGUGUUUUGACCCUUUUAUGAUAUAAAAUCGAGAUUUGACCCCUGUUUGAAUUUUUUUCGUGAUUUGACCCUUUCUCCUACCGCCACGAGGCCCGGCGGUAGGAUCCUAUAGCCUACCGCCAGCACCUGCGGCGGUAGCAAACUUAUCCACGUCAGCAGUGAUAACGGCCUCCGUGCCCCCUCCAUCACACCCUACCGCCGCUCCGUCUGGCGGUAGGAUGCCUGAACCUACCGCCAGGUCUCUGGCAGUACGGUGCGGACAUAUAUAAACCGCGGGCCGGCCGCCCCCACCCCCUUCUCCCCCCCCCCCCCCACCCCCACCACGAAGAACAGAGCAGUUCCUCCAACUCGCCCUCUCUCAUCCCCUCCACUCCCCCCUCCGAUCGUCUUCGUUUCUUCAUGGAUUUUGCGGAUCGAGAUGGCUCCGAAGAGAGAAAAAUAAGCUCUUUCGAUCCCUCCAAUUAGUUUUAAUCAAACACCUUUCGAUUCGUCGCAUUAUUCGAUUCAAAUCACUCCUUUUUUGAACUAGAUUGAAUAUUUUUUUAACCCUAGGAUUGAUUUAGGUUGAUUCUAGAUGUUAUAUUGUGUUAGAUAUGAACUCUAUUCACUAGUUGGUAUGGUUGUGUUAAGAUGAACCCUAGUUCAUAUUUGAUUUCAAUUUAUUUUUUUGAUAUGAUGCAUGUUGGAGGCAUUUGUUGUGAUAGAUGACGCAUGUUCCAAUGCUAUGAUGCUAGUAUUGGAUGUAGUGUAUGAUGAAUAUUGGAGAUGAAUAUUGGAGAUAUUUGUCAUAUGUAGUGUAUGAAUCCUCAAGAUGAACCUAGUUCAUAAUUUUUUGUUAUCAAAAAAUUUAUUAUAUGAUGAAUAUUGGAGAUAUUUGUUGCAUGUAGUGUAUGUUAGAUGAUGGAAAUACUGGAUUUUGUCGGGGUAAAAAUGGUGAACCCCUCAAGAUGAACCCUAGUUCAUGUUUUUUGUUUUUUAAGAAAAUAUAAGAUGAUGCAUGUUGGAUGUUGUUGGAGAAAUAUGUGAUAUGAUGCAUUUGAACCUUGAUGAGCCUUUGUUAUGCAUCUAUAUGUCCCCUGGUUCAUGUUAAAAAUUCUUUUGAUAUGUGUAUUCUAAUGUUUAUGCAAUUUUUUUAGGAGGCCACCUCUUGCGGAUGACAUUGGCAUCAAGUAUACUAUGCUUGACCCUACGUUCGACAAGGGCCAUCGUGCCAGUUUUAUUGAGAACGGAGUGAUGCUCCUGCCACUGCGGAUGAGGGGUCACGGGACGACCGUGAAGAUGGAGUACGACGAGCGGUACGCGCCGUUCUACAGGAGAGCCCGACUGCUGGGUUUCGUCCUACAGUUCAAGCGCAAGCCGCCGGCGCUCGUCCACUCAGCUCUCACGGCUUUGGUCGAUCGGUGGCGGCCAGAGACGCACAACUUCCAUCUUCCAUGUGGGGAGAUGACGGUUACACUCGAGGAUUGGGGGAUGAUUACGGGCCUACCGCUCGAGGGUAAUGCUCUGACAGGACGAGUGGAGAGGAAGAACUGGCACGACAGGGUUGUCGCCCUCAUUGGCGACUGCCCCCCAGAUAAGAAGAACCGGACUUCCGGCGCCCCGCUGCCCUGGCUCCUGAAGUACCGGAGCAAGUGCCCGGAAGGGGCUGAACCUCGGGUGGUGGAGCAGUACGCCAGGGCCUACCUAUGGUAUCUUCUCACGGAGGUAGUGUUUCCUGACUGCUCUGGGGACAUUGCCCUCUGGAUGUAUCUCGACUUCCUGGCGGACUGGGAUGCGGGGUACAGCUGGGGGGCCGCCAGCCUCGCCUACCUAUACCGUUCGCUUGACGAUGCAACCCGGAGGACGGAAGCUACGUCCGGUAUGUGUGGAUGUGUGUGGGGCCUCUCCAUUUGGAUGUGGGAGCGAAUCCCGGUGGGUCGUCCGGAGAAGCUUAGAGCGCGUGCAUGGACUUACUAUGGCGAAGAUGGCGACGAUGCUCGAUACCCGACCGCCGCAUACGCUUGGGACGUGGUGGGUACAAUCUCGGGUGAAUCCAAGGCCUUGUACAAGAUCUUCAUCAACGAGCUUGAUGCUCUGACGCCUCUCCAGGUUAACUGGCGGUCGUAUACUGACGACCGAGAGUGGGGGUUCGAGCUGAACAUGAUGUGCAAGCAGGACCGGCUUCUCUGGCGGUGCAUCGUGCCCAUGAUUUGUGUCUAUGCCGUCGAGUACCACUUGCCACAGCGCGUUUUGCCGCGCAGUUUGGUAAGGCGCAGCGUACACCACCCGCCGACAUCGUCAAAGAUACCGGUGGCUACGACCUGCACUUGCUGAGCAGGCAGAAGAAUCAGUCUAUCACUGAUUGGGGAGAGCAACAUGCCAAAUACGUGACUGAAUGGAACCAGUGGAAAACUCGCAAAGAUGUGGAGAGAAGAGUGAUUGACUGGGAGGAGUACUCAGAUCACCUGCUGUGGUUCGACGAUGGCAUCAAGCAUCGUCUGCGCCUAAGGCCAUAGUGGACGACGGCAGACGCCGAAAGUCUGUACGACGACGACUCCGAGAAUGAAGCCUACAAUGACAGCAUCAGAGAGCUACAGGGCGGAUUUAGGGAGUACGGACCCAUCAUGAAGAGAGUGUCUUCGGAGCUGAACAAAAGCAUUUUUGAUGCCUCUGAUGCGCUUAGUUCUAUCCCCGGGACUCGAGCUAGUGAGAACAAGUUGAGGGGAACGGUGAAGAAGUUCGUCAAAAAAUGUCGCAAGCUUGUGGGCCUGCUUGGGUGUGCCACCUCCUCUGCUGAUGUGAUUGCUCCUGCAGGACCGAUGCGUAGCCUCGCUUCAUCGAGCCAGGCCGCCUCAUCGUCUAUGGCGGUUCAAGAUGACGAGGAGGAGGGCGAGGACGAUGAUGAUGAAGAGGAAGAUGAAGAAGAAGGCGAGGAAGAGGGAGCAGAAGAAGAACAUGGUGAAGAAGAGGAAGAGGACGAUGAGUAAGAGGACGAUGAGGAGGAGGAGUACGAUGAUCCCGACGGACCUCCACCAACUCAGACAACCCAGCGUGAGAAGAGAAAUGUGCCGAAGAAGGAUUGGAAGAGUCCAUCCCCAUUUCAGAAAGCGCGUCCUACUCAUCGCAAGAAGGCAGCCGAGAAGCGAUCAAAGAACAACGAGGACCGGACCGCGAAGAGGGGAAGGAAGGACUGAAGUUGCUGCCGUGUCGUUGAACUAAAAACUUGUAUGUUUGCUUCGUGAACCAUAUGGAUUUGCUGGUGAAACUGUUUCGUUAAUUUGCUAUGUAUAACUUGGUGAAAACCUUUGUGGAUGUCUAUUUGCUAUGUAUCCAACCUAUCUUA